GCGCCAUUAGCGAAAGCGAACACUCCUUAUUAAGCUCUCUCUCUCUCUCUCUCUCUCUAUAUCAUCGUCCCCAAGCAAACCCUAACCCUAAACCUAGCCCUAGACGCAUCUCCGAAGCUCCAAACCCUCCGAUCCCAACCUCGCCGUCGCCGUCCUCGUCGCCAUUGUCGAGCUCAUCUUCUUCUUCUUCCCCCUCCCUAUCUCUCUCUCUCUCUCUCUCUCUCUCUCUCUCUCUCUCUCUCUUUGUUUUUUUAAGAAACCCUAGUUUCUUUGGUUCCCAUUUCCUUGUACUAGUUUUUCUCCAAUAAACUAUUCACCGAUCUUGGACUAUUCUACUUGUCCUUGGACUUAUUCUCAGCCCCGCUCCCCACCUGACCAAACCCAUCUGGAUCCCCCUCAACUCCGCGUUUGAACGCUUCUUCCUUUGAGCAAGAGCUCGGCAACAAUAAGAAGAAGCAGUAGUAGAAGAAGCGGAAGAGGAAGAGAGCGGUGGAGUUGAAUCGGUCGUGUGAUGGUAUGCAUAUGCUACUUUAACACCUAUACUUUUCUCGUUCUUUCCGCUUGAAUUUGGGUGUUGUGAUUAUAAAACCCUGACUCGGCAGAUCCGUUGUUCGGUGUUGUGUUCUUUGGUUCUCUUUGUGUAGUGCUUAAAAAGAUUGGAUUUUUGAGCCAACCAUUUGUUCUUUACGGCUCUUUGUUCCGACCAAGUUCCUGAUCUCUAGCAAAAAGUGCUCAAUUUUCAAAAUUUCUUACUUAUAAUCUUUCCUUUAUUAUGUAUAUUGGGUGUUAUAGAUCUGGUGAGGCCGUGUAGUAGAUCAAAAGAGUAGCACCAUGGCAUCGAACAGCGCGCUUCGAAAUAGCCGAUCGGCCCGCAUGGCCGCAUCGGCCGCCGAUCCGCUUCAGGGCGGCGGACGCCCCGCUGCGGCCCCUCCGGCCCCCACUGUAAAAUUUGCGCGUCGGACCCAAUCCGGUCGCUACGUGAGCUACUCCCGCGACGAUCUCGAUAGCGAAAUUGGUAGUGGAGAGUUCUCCCAGGAGUUUACGAACUACCAUGUCCAUAUUCCUGCCACUCCCGAUAACCAGCCGAUGGAGGUCUCGAUCGACCCGUCGAUCUCCGCUAAAGUCGAAGAACAAUAUGUGUCCAACUCCCUCUUCACCGGCGGCUUUAACAGUGUAACUCGUGCGCAUUUGAUGGACAAAGUGAUUGAGUCGGAGGCCAGCCACCCGCAAAUGGCGGGGGCCAAGGGCUCCUCUUGCUCGAUCCAGGGCUGCGAUUCCAAAGUGAUGAGCGACGAGCGAGGAAUCGAUAUACUCCCUUGCGAGUGCGACUUUAAGAUCUGCGCCGAGUGCUUCGGCGAUGCUGUGAAGGCGGGCGGGAUUUGCCCGGGGUGCAAGGAGCCGUACAAGACCACGGAGUUGGAGGACAUUGUAAAUGAUAGUAGCAUGGGGGGCCAGCCGCACCUCUCGUUGCCUCCGCCGCCCGCGGGUGUUUCAAGGAUGGAGAGACGGCUGUCGAUAAUGAGGUCGCAGAAGAUGAUGAGCCGGAGCCAGACGGGGGAUUGGGAUCAUAACAGGUGGCUGUUUGAGACGAAGGGCACUUACGGGUAUGGGAAUGCGAUAUGGCCCAAGGAGAAUGGAGGGGAUGAUGGAAAUGGAGGAGAUGGGCAGCCGUCAGAGCUGUCGAGCAAGCCGUGGAGGCCGCUCACCCGCAAGCUGAAGAUCCCGGCGGCCAUUCUGAGCCCAUAUAGGCUUCUUAUCGCCAUUCGCAUGAUUGCCCUCGUCCUCUUCCUUAUGUGGAGAGUGAAGCACAAGAACAAGGACGCUAUGUGGCUGUGGGGAAUGUCGGUCGUCUGCGAACUAUGGUUCGCCUUCUCCUGGCUUUUGGAUCAGCUCCCGAAACUUUGCCCUGUGAACCGCGCCACUGACCUUGCCGUCCUAAAAGAAAAAUUCGAAACACCCACUCCCAACAACCCCACCGGAAAAUCGGAUCUUCCAGGCCUCGACAUCUUCGUCUCCACCGCCGACCCGGAAAAGGAACCCCCUCUUGUAACGGCAAACACCAUUCUCUCAAUUCUCGCAGCCGAUUACCCCGUCGAGAAGCUCUCUUGCUAUGUUUCAGACGAUGGUGGGGCCCUUCUUACUUUCGAGGCCAUGGCUGAGGCUGCCAGCUUUGCUAAUUUGUGGGUCCCAUUUUGUCGCAAGCAUGAUAUCGAGCCACGAAACCCUGAGAGCUACUUUAAUCUGAAGAAGGAUCCAUAUAAGAACAAGGUUAAAUCGGAUUUUGUGAAGGAUCGUAGACGGGUGAAGAGAGAGUACGAUGAGUUCAAGGUUCGGAUAAACGGGUUGCCCGAUUCGAUCCGCAGGAGGUCGGACGCGUACCACGCUCGCGAGGAGAUCAAGGCCAUGAAGAGGCAGAGGGAGAUGGCGGGUGAUGAUCCCAUCGAACAGGUGAAGAUCCCGAAAGCUACGUGGAUGGCGGAUGGUACACAUUGGCCCGGGACUUGGAUUAACCCGGGCUCCGAGCAUAGUCGCGGUGACCAUGCUGGAGUCAUUCAGGUAAUGCUGAAACCGCCGAGUGACGAGCCCUUGUACGGGAACAACGGUGACGAAGGCCGGCCCCUCGACUUCACUGAUGUGGAUAUCCGCCUACCGUUGCUGGUCUAUGUCUCUCGUGAGAAGCGGCCUGGCUACGACCACAACAAGAAGGCGGGGGCAAUGAACGCGCUCGUCCGCGCCUCUGCCAUCAUGUCGAACGGCCCUUUCAUCCUCAACCUUGACUGCGACCACUACGUGUACAACUCCCAGGCCUUCCGCGAGGGCAUGUGCUUCAUGAUGGACCGUGGCGGGGACCGCCUUUGCUACGUCCAGUUCCCCCAGCGGUUCGAGGGAAUCGACCCCUCCGACCGCUAUGCUAACAACAAUACUGUCUUCUUCGACGUCAACAUGCGCGCCCUCGACGGCCUCCAAGGCCCAGUGUAUGUGGGGACCGGUUGUCUCUUCCGCCGCAUUGCUCUUUAUGGCUUCGACCCUCCCCGGGCGAAGGAACACGGCGCAGGUUGCUGCAGCUGCUGCUUCCCUGGACGGCGGAAAAAUGUUUCUGCCGUCGCAUCGGAGGAGACGAGGGCGCUCCGAAUGGGAGACUUUGAUGAGGAGGAGAUGAACCUUUCGACUUUUCCGAAGAAGUUCGGGAACUCGAGCUUCUUGAUUGACUCGAUCCCCAUUGCGGAGUUCCAGGGCCGGCCCCUCGCCGACCAUCCCGCUGUCAAGAACGGCAGGCCGCCCGGCGCCCUCACCAUCCCCCGUGACCUUCUAGACGCGUCGACCGUCGCGGAGGCCAUCAGCGUGAUCUCGUGCUGGUACGAGGACAAGACGGAGUGGGGUCAUCGUGUUGGGUGGAUCUACGGAUCCGUGACUGAGGACGUCGUCACGGGCUACAGAAUGCACAACAGGGGAUGGAAGUCUGUUUAUUGCGUGACCAAGCGCGACGCAUUCCGAGGGACCGCGCCAAUCAACCUCACUGACCGGCUCCACCAGGUGCUCCGGUGGGCGACGGGCUCAGUCGAGAUCUUCUUCUCCCGCAACAACGCCCUUCUCGCAAGCCCUAGAAUGAAGUUUUUACAGAGGAUCGCGUACCUCAACGUCGGUAUCUACCCCUUCACCUCUAUCUUCCUCAUCGUCUACUGCUUCCUCCCGGCCCUCUCUCUCUUCUCGGGGCAGUUCAUCGUCCAAACCCUCAACGUUGCAUUCCUCACAUACCUCCUCACCAUCACCGUGACGCUCUCUGCGCUCGCGGUUCUUGAAAUCAAGUGGUCGGGAAUCAAUCUCGAAGAGUGGUGGAGAAACGAGCAAUUCUGGCUUAUUGGAGGGACAAGUGCCCACCUUGCCGCUGUGAUCCAAGGGCUGCUGAAGGUGAUUGCCGGUAUCGAAAUCUCCUUCACGCUCACCUCGAAAUCGGGAGGCGACGACGUCGACGACGAGUUCGCUGAUCUGUACAUCGUGAAGUGGUCGUCGCUGAUGAUUCCGCCCAUCACCAUCAUGAUGGUGAACCUGAUCGCGAUCGCUGUCGGGUUCAGCAGGACAAUAUACAGCGUGAUCCCGCAGUGGAGCAAGCUGCUGGGCGGGGUGUUCUUCAGUUUCUGGGUGCUGGCUCAUCUCUAUCCCUUUGCGAAGGGGCUCAUGGGCCGAAGAGGGAGAACUCCGACGAUCGUCUUCGUGUGGUCGGGGCUUAUCGCCAUCACCAUUUCGCUACUCUGGGUCGCGAUCAAUCCCCCGUCAGCAAAUUCUCAGAUCGGCGGUUCCUUCACAUUCCCUUAAACAUUUACACUCUAUUAUCGACUAUCUAAUGAAUUCAUGGAAUGGUGAAGUAAAAUAGGUAUGUCAAAGACUCAGAAAAAAAAAAGAGAAACUUCAGAUCUUGAAUUGGAGCAAACUUUUCUUCUUUGAAACAGUCGAGAUAGAAGUGAUGAGGCCUCUGUACGGCGAAAAGGUUUGUUUAGAUCAUGUUAUGUUUUACAUAUAUAUAUAUAUGUUGAUUAUUACUUGUAGAUCGAUAUUCUGUAGUCAUAUUCAUUCAUAUAAUUUGCGAAAUCUAUCGAGGUGGACUCGCAGUUCUUUUGUUUGUUUUGUUCUUUCUUUGUUAAACAGAUACUGGUUCUAUGCUGAAUCAUUUGCGGAUUCAAAAUUUUGAUUCCCUUUUAA